AAAAAACAAAACAAACAAUUACAGUGAUUACGAAUUAGGCGCCAUAUCUCUUAUCGGUCGGUGAGGAAAAUAAGACGUAGCGCUUAAAGCAGCUACAUACUUCCGUUUCCCUUUUCGGCCAUUACGGUUCUUAGCAGAAGACGUUAAACGGGGAGUGGAUCUUCCCGUGAGAUGUUUGAAGAACGUUAUAUUAUCUCAGCUCGUGGAGGGGCUAAAAAAAGAUAAAAGAAAUAUUGUAGGUGUAAAAUAUAUGAAGGAUCGAAGUUGUUUGAAAAAUCGAAAAGAGGUUAUGUCGUUCGCAUUCGAGUUACCGAAUGAUGGCGGUCGUCGCAUUCACGGUCAGACGGCGCGUUUAAACGGAGCGCCGCACGCGCGUUCGCGUCACGUGGUGACCACCCACGUUUCGGAUUUGUAAGUAAACAAGGAGGGAAGAAAAUAUUUGUGUCCGAAGAACCGACGUGCGUAUAUAAACGUUGGCCGACCCUGCGUCCUGAUUAACAUUACAACGAGGCAAGAAAGAAAAAAGAACAGAGAAACAGAGUGAGAGAAACACGUCUUUCCUAAUCAAACGUUUAUUUCGCCGACGAGGAGUAAUAGGUGCGCGCGAGUGUUUGCCUGUGUGCGAGGUGUAUGUGUAUGUUUAUACGUUUCACUCUUCUUCCCUCGUACGUAUGUAUGUGAGAGCGACGCGUGGGCCCUCCUGGCACUGAAGUCGGCACCGGCCAGUCCGACGAAGAUGCAGUGGAAUCCAGAGGCAAAGGGUGCGCCGAUCGCGCGGCUCGAAGGUCGGGAAUUCGAGUACAUGGUUAGGCAGAGACGCAUCACCAUCGGUCGAAACAGCAGCAAGGGUGAGGUCGACGUCAACAUGGGCCACUCCAAUUUUAUCUCGCGCCGACACCUCGAGAUCUUCUACGAUCAUCCGUUCUUCUUUAUGACCUGCAACGGCAAAAACGGCGUCUUCGUCGAUGGCGUGUUCCAACGUAAGGGCGCACCUGCCUUUCAAUUGCCAAAAACGUGCACAUUUAGAUUUCCAAGUACAAAUAUAAGACUUGUGUUUCAAUCCUUGGUGGAUGAACAAGAGCAAGGUAAUGUACGUGUACCAUCUCCUCCCAAACAGAGAGUGCCACUACCACCUCUACGUAUAAAUAUACCUGAUACGGGAUAUAGUAGUCCCUUUCCUUCUCCUACGGGAACCAUAAGUGCUGCUAACUCCUGUCCAGCCAGUCCACGAGCAGGUCAGGGUAGAAGAAAUAUUUCGGCGGAUUUACAAAUGGUAGCGGCGUAUGCUGCGGCGGUCGCGAAUGAUCCACAAAAUUCUGGAAUGGAGAGGCACGAGGGAACCCAAAGUUCCAGUAGGCAAAUCAGUCCUGAACCUGGGACUGAGCAGCGUUAUAGGGGUAGCAGUAGUUCGGGUCCAAACGGUACAACGGCACAUUAUAGUCCACCAAAAGAUGACUCUAAGCCUCCGUACUCCUAUGCUCAACUUAUCGUUCAAGCGAUAGCAUCUGCGCCGGACAAGCAGCUCACGUUGUCAGGCAUUUAUUCGUACAUAACAAAAAAUUAUCCUUACUAUAGAACUGCCGAUAAAGGAUGGCAGAAUUCUAUUAGACAUAAUCUAUCAUUAAAUCGUUACUUUAUAAAAGUACCAAGAAGUCAAGAGGAACCUGGUAAAGGUUCCUUCUGGAGGAUAGACCCACAGUCCGAAGCAAAGUUAAUAGAACAAGCCUUUAGACGAAGAAGACAAAGGGGUGUACCUUGUUUCCGAGCUCCAUUUGGAUUAUCCUCAAGAAGUGCACCUGCGUCUCCGUCUCAUGUGGGAAUUAGUGGUUUAAUGACACCGGAAUGCCUGAGUAGGGAAGGUUCGCCAGGACCUGAAACAUAUCCUGAUAAUUCUGUUCCUUCUCCAGCUGGUCAUCUCACGAGUCAGUCUGCACCAGGAUCACCGGGACAUCCAUAUGCGCCGUCUUCCCAACAAUCCCAUAAAGGACGUUUGGUACAACAAAUUACUGUUGUCACCAAUGGCGUAAGUGGAGACGCAGCGAGGGAAGAAAAAUACUUGGUGCCUGGAAACAUAGUAGAGGAGCAUUCUUUAUCUCCGGCUGGACAAUACAGCCCAGCUCCUGUUAUUGUACAAACAACAUAUAAUUACAGUGGAAGCUUUAUCGGCCCUGACGCAGGCGUUGGGGUUGGGAAAAGAGCACACGACGAAUCAGAUAGUUCACCUGGUUCUCCAGCUCCGCUUGCCAUCGUUGAAAGUCCCGAGCCUCUCGAGCAUCAGCAGCAACAACAACAGCAGCCAAAACGUCAACGUGUGCAUGACGUGGAUGAUCAUUGAACUAUUAUCCUAGCAUCCCACUUCGUAGAACAUUAUUACAUUACAUUAUUUGCCUAUUACCAGACACACAGCCAAGUUCUCUUUUCCUUUUAACGCAUAACUGCUUUGGACGGCACACGGUGGAGCAAAUAUCCGGUUAUAACGUUUUAAGAGAGGUAAAUCGUACUGCGUUAUUAAAUGAAAAAAAAAAAGAAAAAAAACUUAUUUUGUUCGGACCACAUCAGCGAGAGGAUUAUUCCUCAAGGAAGCAUCAAUCAAUUUAUUGGGAAAGUGCAACUUCUGUUAUUUUUUCUAAAAAGAAAAGUAUAUAUAUAUAUAUAUAGAAAAAAAAAGAAAAACCACACACACAUACACACACACAAACAAACAAAAAAAAAAAGAAACAAAAAAGAUUUCAUGUUACAAACGAUACAGACGCAAAAGUCUCCAAUAAUUUUUCAUAUUUUGUAGUAUACCGAUUAAUGUGUAUAAAAGUAUAUACAUAGCAUUGUAUUUUUCACUUGACAACUUAUCAAUUAAAAGCACGAAAGAGUCAGGGAUAAA